AUGGAUAGAUCCCAGCUGUUUAUCAAGGAGCACCUUCUUACGAAGAACUUUAAGAAUCCGGAGAAGCCCGUCAAGGAGAAUCGAUUACAGGAGACCUUAUUACUGCUACCGACCGAUGGUGGUCUCUCCAGCAGGCUAAAACGAAGUGAGAGUUUACUCAAAAUAUCGGCAGAUAAUCUGGAUGGCAAGGCAGAGCAACAUCAUAAGCAUAGGGAUUACAAAAGGAUUAAUGCAAACUCUAAGGUUGCACUCAAGAACUACAUUAACACGAACAAGGCGAAUGCCCAAAGAGCUCUUCAUAUUGCUCAUGAGAAGAAGUUGCUAGAAAGGAAAAUCCUCACUGAAUAUUUAAAAAACCACGAAACUGCACUGUGGAACGCGCUUCCACAUUUUAAAACGUUCUUGCCAAUGCAUGAGAAGCUUUGGGUCGGGUACAUGAGAGAUCUUCUGAAUAUACCAGCGAAAAUCUCCGACUCUUCAAAGCUGACUAUCAAUGGCCAGGCAGCCUUGAUGAAACUCUCCAUGGCCGACUACAAUGGUGCCUUCCUGAAGGUUGCCAGCAGCCGGAACAGAAAUCUUAUAGGAAUAGAAGGAAUUGUGAUAUGGGAUAGUCAGAAGAAUUUCAUUAUGGUGACCCGUGGGAAACUGAUUGACGAGCUCAAGAUAAUUCCAAAGAAGGGCACAGUAUUCAAUUUCGAGAUUCCUGUGAAUGAGCAUGAUGCUCUAUUAUACACAAUACUGGGUGACAGGUUUAAAUACAGAAGCAAUGACCGGGCUGGCAGAAAGUUCAAGAGUCGUCGAUGCGAUGACAUGCUGCAUUAUUUAACUACAUAG